CUCCUUCCUUCCUUCCUCUCUCUCUCUCUCUCUCUCUCUAUCUCUCUCUCUAUCUCUCUCAGAAUGAUUCAGAGAUGGCACAAGAAGACCCAACUUCCACUCCUAGCACUCGUCUUCUUCCUCUUUGUGCUCUGUACAAUCUUUAUUAACGAGCGUCGAUUUCAAGAAAUCCACCGGAAAGAAAUUCGGAAAGGAGAUGAUGUUGCUACUCGUAAUGAUGUUAAGAAGACAUUUUCAUCCACAUCAACACCUUCUUCCCUGAAUAGCAGCCACCCAAAAGAUCGUUCAGUGGUUUUGGAUAGAUUCAGCACCUGCAAAUCUACAGUAAAGUACAGUGGAAAGAAAGCUGGAUGGGACAUACAUUUUGAUAAACAAGAAGAAAGGAAGGAUUCAUGCGAUGUGUUUUCGGGCAGAUGGGUAUUCGACAACACUUCUUAUCCGCUUUAUAAUGAAUCUGAUUGUCCAUACAUGUCUGAUCAGUUGGCUUGCCUCAAACAUGGAAGGCCUGAUUUGGGUUACCAGUAUUGGAGAUGGCAACCUCAUGGCUGCAAUCUCAAGAGAUGGAAUGCAACUGAGAUAUGGGACAAGUUAAGGGGGAAGAGAUUGAUGUUCGUUGGAGAUUCACUAAACAGAGGUCAAUGGAUAUCAAUGCUCUGCCUGUUACAGUCGGUAAUCCCUGCUGAAAAGAAGUCAAUCACACCAAAUGCCCCUCUUACCAUUUUCCGAGCAGAGGAGUACAAUGCCACAAUAGAAUUUCAAUGGGCACCGCUUUUAGUUGAGUCAAACUCAGAUGAUCCAGUUAAUCACAGAUUGGAUGAGAGAAUAAUGCGCCCUGAUUCAGUUCUGAGGCACGCAUCUGAAUGGAAGCAUGCGGAUAUAUUGAUCUUUAAUUCAUACUUGUGGUGGAGACAAGGCCCCGUAAAGCUGUUAUGGAGUACAGAGGAAAAUGGCGUUUGUGAAGAAGCACAAGGGUUGGAAGCGAUGGAGUUGGCCAUGGACGCAUGGGCUGAUUGGAUAGGAUCUAACGUCGAUCCUUUGAAGCAGAAAGUGUUCUUUGUUACCAUGUCUCCUACUCAUCUCUGGAGUCGGGAGUGGGAAGCAGGAACGAACGGGAACUGUUACAGUGAAAAAUCUCCAAUCGAAGAUGAAAAGUACUGGGGAAGUGGUUCAGACUUGGAUACAAUGAGGAUGGUGGAGAAUGUUGUAAGUUGGUUGAAGUCAAAGGUUAGCGUUAUCAACAUUACUCAGCUGUCUGAGUACCGAAAAGACGGCCACCCUUCGGUCUAUCGCAAGUUUUGGGAGGCGCGAACGGAUGAGGAAUUGGCGAAUCCCAUGAGUUAUUCUGAUUGCAUACAUUGGUGCUUGCCUGGUGUUCCUGAUGUUUGGAAUCAACUACUGCUCCAUUUUCUUCUAUGAAUAGAAAUAGAAACUACUCUGCAUCUCUUGAAUCAAAGAUGGAUGGAACCUAUAAAUAGAAUGAUGAUUUUAAAUCCCAUGCAUUUUGUUUUUAGUAACAGUCGAUAUACAAGUUAAACUUGUACACAACUCAAUUAAUUCCAUUG